AUGCGAGCUCUUAAGCUGAAUGUGGAGCAAGCGGAAGCAGAGCGGGAGGAAUGGGUGAGGCAACUAGACGAGGCGGAGGGGCAGCUGAGGACGGAGCGGGGGGGGAGUGAAAAGAUGAGAAAAGCGAGCGCGGUCACGUUGGGAAGGAUCACGGAGCUGCAGGCGGAGAUCAUGGCACUCGAGGCGGAGAGGCCAGUGCUGAAGGAAAAGGUGAUUCAGGCGGAGCGCGCGGCCGCGGAGGCGCGCGCGUGGAUUGCGACUGUGGAAGAAGAGAGCGCGCGGGCGAAGGUGGAGCUGGCGGGGGAGAGAAGCGGGGCGAAGAAGGCGGCCGCGGAGGCGACCGAGAAGCUGGCGGCGCUCGAGAAAAUGAACACGCGGCUGAAAACAAAGCUCGCCGCGGAGCACGAAGAAGUGGAGUCUGCACGGGUGGCGAUGUCGGCGCUUCGGGCUGAGAACGCCCUGUGGACGCACAAGCUGAGCGAAACGAAGCGCACGGAGGCCACUUUGGUUGCGACACUCGAAUCGGUCAAGAAGGAGAACGAGCGGCUGAAGUCGGAACUUGCCAUGAAGGGCGACGGUGGCGAGAAGGCGGCAGCAGAAGCGCGCGCACAGCUCGCGGCGCUAGACGAAAAGUGCGCGGGGUACGAGCUGGCCCUCCACGAGGAGCGGCGCGCGGGGGCGAAGGGGGCCGCGGACGCGCGCGAGGUUAUCGCGGCCCUCAAGGAGGAACUAGCGGAGCGAUCAACGGAGGUGAACGCUCUCCGGGAGCAGGUGGCCGCGUGGCAGGGUGAGGUGGAGAAGCGCGAGGACGAGCGGGCUGUGUGGCAGAAUGAGCUGGCGGAAAAAGAAGAGGCGAUUCGGGGCCUGCGCGAGAAGCUGGCGGGGGUGGAGAAGGAGCGUGCCGCGCUGAAGGGCAAGGGCAAGGAGGUGGUAUCCCCCGGGGAGAAGCACUUUGUAGCGCAGAAGAGGGGGGCGCCGUCAUUGGUGGAGAGGAAGCUGCGGGAGGACCUGGAGAGGAGCGAGCGGGCGCGGGCGGCGCUAGAGAAGCAGUCCGCAGAGUUGCAGGCAACGGGUAUCCUCGGCAGCGUUGCCCCGGCAGACUUUGUUUCGACUUUGGCGGGGCGCCUGCAGCGCAUUCGACAGCUGGAGGCGGACAAUGCCGCCACUGCUGCCGAGUACUCGCACCAGAUGCGCAAGAGGCGCGCGCAGCAGGAGCGCGACGUCGCGCAAAGGGCGCAGGACGCGGAGCGGGAGGCGGCGCUGUUGAAGACCGUACGCGCCGACAUGGACAGCGCGCAGAGGGAGCGCCAGACACUGCAGCUGCAACUACACUCACUGCAAAAGCUGCUCUUUUCCUUGCAUGGUGCGAGCGCUUUCGUGCCCGAGGCGGAGCGGAUGCAAUUGCUGGAGCUCGCUUCUGCUUCUGCCGCCCCUUCCCCCACGCUCCCGAGUCCCGCUUCCGUGUUGACCUCACCGAUGGCCACUUCCAGCGGACAACGGGCUAAGAGUACGGCCAGCAAGAAAUGAAGGAAGGCGUCAGGGAUUACGGUUUAGAGCCAAUAUGUGGACUGUAGAGGACUUUCAAUAAUACUCAUGCUCGACAGGAUAGAAGCAACUUGGAUCAAAGAGAGGAGAGAUCCCCAUGCCCUUUACGGACGGUAGGCGACUGACAGAAGGUCGAAUACGUGAUGAGAUCAGGUUGAGCAGCCCGACGUUGUAUUCGGCGACUGUAUAGUCAAUCAAUGUUUACGCAACCCGCAACUAGUGCAUGCAGCGCUCGAUAUUGCUCAGUGGUCCAGUAGGGCGCAGUAAUGAGAAGGUCAAGGAUCC